AUGGCAGGCGCCGGUCCGUCUGUAGCUACUCAGGACUUCAUGCAGGACUUUUCAAAGUCUUCAGACCAAGUGACUCAACUUUUGACGUUUAACUUCCUUCUUCUUGGUCUUGGUAACGUAUUCUGGGUACCACUUGCCAUGAAAUUUGGCAAAAGAGCAUCGCUUUUGGCGGCCAUGGCCUUGCAGCUAGGCGCUCUGAUCUGGUGCGCGCUUGCCAAAAGCUUUGAUAGCCUGCUCGCUGCUCGGAUUGUACUUGGCUUUGCUGCCGCUGCUGGGGAGAGCAUUGUUCCCGAACUAGUCGCAGAUAUCUUCUUCCUCCAUGAACGGGCCACGAUGAUGGCCAUUUACGUUAUCAUGAUAUCCGGGGGAUCAGCUAUUGGUCCUCUCAUUGCUGGGUUUAUGGUUCAGUUUACUGCCCAAACAUGGAGGAGUUACUUUUGGCUCUGCGUCGGCUUGGCCGUUGCUAACCUUGCCCUUCUGGUCUUCUUCUGCCCAGAAAGCAACUUCCGCCGACCCGAAUUCGAGAAUGAUAGAGAGCUAGAGUUGGUCUCCGCUAGGGACGAAGAGGCAGCUGAAAAAUCGGAUUCCUCUUUUGUCGAAAACGUGUCUGCAUCUAGCCCUAGGUACACAAUUACUCUCUUGCCAUUUAAGAAACGCCUUUCCUUGAUCCGAUAUGAUACUAGCAUACACUUUUUGAAAGCCUUGAUUGAACCCCUUCGGCUUUUACGCCAUCCAUCUGUGCUGUGGGCUAUCUAUGCAUAUGGAUGUUCUCUCAGUCCGCAGAUCAUCUUGAUAUUCACCAUGACUACCCUCCUCAUGCCACCACCAUACAACUUUUCGUCGAGCGAUAUAGGUCUCAUGGAGAUAGCGGCGAUAAUCGGAUUUGUGAUAGCCUGCUUUGGUGGCGGGUAUAUGUCAGAUGUCAUAACCCAACACAUCGUGAGAAAAAGCAACGGCGUGAUCAGACCUGAGCAACGACUUGUCUCGUUGCUUCCAGGAAUGCUAGUUGCUCCAGCCGGUUGUAUUCUCCUUGCAUUUGCAUGUCAAAACAAGCUCAAUUGGGUUGCAAUAGCCUUUGGGUUUGGAAUGGUUUCGUUUGGAGAGGUAUACACACCAAAUAUUGCCCUCACUUAUGUCGUUCACCGCCAUCAGAAACACGCCGCCCAGUGUCUUGUUCUCAUCAACAUUUUCAAAAACAUUAUCGCCUUUCUAUUUCUAUAUGAGGCUGUUGCCUGGGUCACCUCCCAGGGCUUUACUCAAGUUUAUAUGAUAAUGUUCAUGUUAAACAUGCUUACAUUGAUCCUGGCUGUGCCCUUGUACUUUUAUGGAACCCGGGACCGGGAAUGA